UGAUAUAAACUUAAGAAUAAAGUUCAAUGGAAAAAUCCUUCUCUCUCACUGAGAAAACGACCGCCAAAAAAAGUCCUUCAGUCUGUUUCAUUUCCAAACAAAUCUGACUCAGAUCCAUUCCUUCAUUAAAUGCCUAUGUUAAGCCUUUACAAAGUGCUAAAGCUGGAAUUUUUUUUGUUUUAUGUUUUUAUUCUUUCACCAAGACGUAUGAGGAAAAGCUUGCGCUUCUUUCUUCGGUUUCAUUUCCUGUUCCUUUUCUUCUUUACUACACUUGCACCUAAGGUGGUGCAAGCCUUCACUGGAACUUAUGGAAUAAAUUAUGGAAGGAUUGCAAAUAACAUUCCAUCACCUGAUGAAGUUGCUACCCUUCUCAGGGCUGCAAAGAUAAAGAAUGUUCGUAUUUAUGAUGCUGAUCACAGUGUUCUCCAGGCCUUCAGUGGGACUGGACUUGAAAUUGUGGUUGGACUUCCGAAUGGAUAUCUGAAAGACAUGAGUGCCAAUGAGAGUCGUGCCAUGAGUUGGGUUAAAGAAAAUGUGCAGUCCUUCCUUCCGGGUACGAAAAUUGUUGGAAUUGCUGUGGGGAAUGAAGUUCUGGGAGGGGAUGAUUAUGAACUGUGGGGAGCUCUUUUAGGCGCAGUUAGAAAUGUUUACAAUUCUAUAAAGAAGCUUCAUUUAACUGACAUAGUUCAGAUCACCACAGCUCAUUCGCAGGCUGUUUUUGAUAAAUCCUACCCACCCUCUUCGUGUAUAUUUAGAGAUAAUGUUGCCCAGUAUAUGAAGCCAUUAUUGGAUUUUUUCUCUCAAAUUGGCUCUCCUUUCUGUUUAAAUGCUUACCCAUUUUUGGCCUACAUGGGUGAUCCAGAGAAUAUAGAUAUUAAUUAUGCUCUUUUCCUGUCAACUCAGGGGAUUGAUGACUCAAAUACUAAUCUGCAUUAUGAUAAUAUGCUUGAUGCUCAGAUUGAUGCAGCGUAUGCUGCUUUAGAAGAUGCUGGAUUUAGAAAGAUGGAAGUUAUAGUUACUGAGACUGGGUGGGCUUCACAGGGAGAUGACAAUGAAGCAGCUGCAACUGUUGAUAAUGCUAGAACAUACAAUUAUAAUCUCCGGAAAAGGCUUGCAAAGAAGAAAGGAACUCCACUUAGGCCGAAGAAUGUGGUAAAGGUUUAUAUUUUUGCAAUUUUUAAUGAAAAUUUGAAACCGGGGCCAACUUCUGAGAGGAACUUUGGACUAUUUAAGCCUGAUGGGGGCAUAGCAUAUGACAUCGGAUAUCAUGGUCUGAAAUCUUCGUCUGCUGAUUCAUUGCAGAAGAAUUUUAUGAGAAGCAUUUGGAAAAAGAUUAGGAGAAGAGCAGCUCUGAACAUCAUUACACAGAGAAGAACUCAUUUUAUUAACUGCUACCAAUUUCAUAUAUGGCAAACUGCAUCUCAUACCAGCUCUCAUCAUGCCUUCCUGUUCUUUGACCGAAUGAUCUUCCUUCAUCUUUAUAUAAUCAAAUGCUUGCGGCAUCACACUUCAACAUCAAAAUUUUUUAUUUUUUUUUCAAUGAAUCUCUUUAUACUAAGCCUGAAAAGACAGUAGAAGUCUUUUAUGACCACUUUGAAUUGAUAUAUCCUACCAACCCACUGUAAGAAAUGGGAAUGAGAACGUAAAAAGACUUAAGAGGGAGAAGAUAAGUAAUCUUAUACUGCAAUGCGCCUUUUCAGCAGUUAAUUUGACCUCAAAUGGAAGAGGAUUAACUAUGAAAUAAAUUUUGAGACUCAAUUUUGAGUACUCAAAAUUAUGUAUGUAUGGUAUUAUUUUUAGGGCCAUUUGGUUUCAGA